CUUGUUGCACCAGUUCAGCAGUACAGACAAAACGAAUAGGCGCUAGGAGCGCGCCACACUCAUUAAAAAGAUAAUGGCGGCUCAUAGCGGAGACUUUGAAACUAAUAAAAGUAACGGGUCAUUCAAUCGCGAGAUUUAGACCCGCUAAACGUUCGAAAAUUUCAUGCCCGUCAGUGAGCUAACUUCACGUUCAUCAUAACCUCCCACGAUGCUGCGACAAAAAAGUUAAACGAAGAUGAGAGAAAAUCAUUGAAAGCUUUCGCACGAUUCCGGUGAAAGCGAUUACUUAACUUACGACAUAAAUAUAUUUAAGAAAAACCGUUGAUUUGCGCGUACUGCUGUUCGAGUUUUCGAUUUAUGCACAAGUUUGACAAAAAUUAACCUAUAACUAUGUAAACCAGUAAUUUGAUCGCCAAUUACAGCGAUAAAAAUGUGUACUGAUAUGAGAUAGACGAAUUAACACCACUACACAAAACUUCAAAGGUUUUGGCAAGAACGUUCGCGAUUUUUUUCGUUAAAUCCGCGAGGUAUAAUACACGUUGUAUUCACUAUAUCAGUCAUCAUCUCAUAUACAAGUGUUGGAAUAAUAAAAUCAUGGCUGUAUCAAUAAACGAAAUUUGCGAGAAUACAAAGCUCGCUCGUGAAAUGGCAUUGAUGGGAAACUAUGACACAUCUGGAGUCUACUAUCAAGGAGUAGUACAACAGAUUCAUAGGCUACUCACAACUAUAGAGGACCCAACUCGUAAAGCAAAGUGGCAGGUUGUACAGCACCAGAUUGCUGAAGAAUUUGAGAAAGUAAAAGCUACAUCAAAUACACUACAACUUUUCAAAGUGGAUACACAUGCAGAAAGACUAGUUGGAACUUCUUGUUUAUCAUUUGAAGAACCAACACGAGACCCUGCUUUGUGGUCUUAUACUAACUCAGAUGCCUGGAAUCAAACACCAAGUAGAGAUCCGGAUGUGUGGCCUCCUCUAACUCCAGCUGAACAAAAAAAUUCAAAACAAAAAGUUCAACAAAAACAACAAAACCGAUCUAAUACCAGAAAAUCUGUGACUACAGCUAAAAAGCCAGACAGCAAAGUUAUUAGUAAAAAAGAUGAUAAAAAAAUCACAAAGAAGGAUGAUACAAACAAGGAGAAAACAGAAACAGAAAAAAUUGAUGUUGAAUUGGAGGAACGUAAAUUUGAACCAUCUGCUAAUGAUAAAGAUCUUGUGGAAAUAUUAGAGAGAGACAUCGUUCAAAAAAAUCCAAAUAUCCACUGGGAUGAUAUAGCAGAUUUGCACGAAGCAAAGAGAUUGUUGGAGGAAGCAGUCGUGCUCCCAAUGUGGAUGCCAGACUUUUUCAAAGGAAUUAGGCGACCGUGGAAAGGAGUGCUCAUGGUUGGACCACCAGGCACAGGCAAGACAAUGCUUGCGAAAGCCGUUGCAACGGAAUGCGGCACAACAUUCUUCAACGUCUCGUCCUCUACGUUGACGUCAAAAUACAGAGGCGAAUCAGAGAAACUCGUCCGAUUGUUAUUUGAGAUGGCUAGAUUUUACGCACCCAGUACAAUCUUCAUUGAUGAAAUUGAUUCUCUAUGCUCCAGAAGAGGAUCUGAAUCGGAACAUGAAGCUUCACGCCGCGUGAAAUCUGAGCUUCUUGUUCAGAUGGAUGGAAUAAGUUCUAAUAGUGAAGAUCCUAGUAAAGUAGUGAUGGUAUUAGCAGCAACGAAUUUCCCAUGGGAUAUUGAUGAAGCAUUAAGAAGACGCCUAGAGAAACGUAUUUACAUUCCACUACCCAAUGAUGAAGGCAGAGAAGCACUGUUGAGGAUAAAUCUUCGCGAGGUCAAGGUGGAUGUGUCCGUAAACUUGGCAGACAUUGCUAGAAAACUGGAAGGUUAUUCUGGAGCAGAUAUUACGAACGUUUGCAGGGAUGCAUCUAUGAUGCUAAUGCGAAAGAAAAUCGCGGGUCUCCGACCAGAUCAGAUUAGGCAAUUACCAAAAGAGGAAUUGGAUUUGCCUGUGUCUGCCGCAGAUUUCGACGAAGCCGUUGAGAGAUGUAACAAAAGUGUCUCCCAGGAAGAUUUGGAAAAAUAUGAAAAAUGGAUGAGCGAAUUCGGCUCGUCUUGAUAUCAUUCUAUCAAAAAAUAAUUCUCAUCAUAGUGACAGCACACUCGUUGCUUCUAUGGCAUAAUUAAUAUAAUCUUCAUCGAAUGUAUGAAAUGGGGAGCUUAUUAAUCUUUUGCAUAUCUUAAAAACAACUACAGUUUAAUAAACUUGAAUUUUAAGGGAAUCAAAUUGGAAAAUAAGACUGUGUGGUAGAAUAAAUGAGGUAGAACUCGAACAAUUUCUAAUCACUAAAGGCUAACUUGCAAUAAUAAAUUUGUCAUAAUCAAUAAAAUUCUUAGUUGAUAAUAUAUUCUACUGACUGAGUGUAAGUCUAUAACGUUUGAAAUUAUGCCUAAGUAUAUUGAUAUUUCACAGUUUA